AUGCCGCUGCCAGGCUCGCCCGCAUCACCAGCCUCGCCGGCAUCGUCUGCGUCUCUCGACGUCAUGUCGCCGUUCAAGUGCAGCCCAAGCCCGCGACCUGCACCCGAGGCAACCUCACGCUCGCCGCAGACGUACGACGGCAGUCCUGCGUCGCUACGCAGUUCAUCGUCGGGACAGAGCGAUGCGUUCAGCACCUUCAGCCGAUCGACCCACGCAUCCUCGGCCACCUCUUUCGCACCGUCCAUCACGCCAUUCGCGUCUUCGGCACUGCCCUCGCACGUCGCGUUGCCUUUCGGCUUCCUGCCAACUGCCCCGCCGCCGAUUUCGCCGCCCGCAUCGGUCGACCAGCUCACCAAGUCGUACGCCUCGAGCACUGCCUCGCCGCGCAGGCCCUCGGCCAACGAUGCCUAUUCGACGAGCUCCACGCACUCGUCGCAGCUGCCGUCGAGCACGGGCAGCCUGGGCCUCAGUGUCGGGCCGCCCACUCCGCCGUUCAGCAAUCUGUCGAUGGUCUACUCUGGCGACAGCGCCGCUGCCUCGGCCAACGCGCGCUCGGACCCAAGCUUCGUUACGUAUGGCCAAGCCGUGCGAGGCGCGGAGCCAAGCAGCCCGCUCAUCGAGACCCUCAAGACGCCGAGCAACGAGACGAAACGCAGCUACUUCGACGACGAGCCCGUGCGGCGUGCCAGCUCAGAGGCACUGCCGCCUUGGGCGCCGCUUCGCUACCAGACGCCCAAGGCGCGCACAGGUCUCGAUUCGCACACGCCACCAGGGUCGCGCGCUGCGCCGAAGAAGUUCACCACUGCGCCUCACUCGAGCAUCGGCACACCUCGGCCCGGCAUGCCGUCGGACUACGCCUCCGUCAAGCGCCUGGCGUCGCUGUACGACUCGGCACAGAAGCUGACGACCUUGGCGCCUCCGCGUCCGAGCUUGAGCUCGACUCGUGCAAACAGUGCUCGCGAGAUGCCGACCGCAGCAACUUCGUUGUCGCGACCAGCCAUGCCGCGCUCACAGACAGAGCUAGCUCUCGAGAUGGUAUCGCCGCGAGUGGCGCCGCCCGAGAGACCGCCGCUUUCGGCUCUUCGCUACAUCAAGUCCGACUCACAGGCAUGCUGCGCCUCUUGUCAGAAGGUGACUUCACCACCGAUCGAGACAGCGAAGCGCUCGCGCGGCGCGAUGCUCGGAGCGGCAAUGAUCCGGCCGUUCGAGGACCAGCGAGAACUCGGUCGACGCAGCGGCGAGAGCGGCCGGACGGGCGGCUCCAUCAACUCUGCUGAGCCGCCGUCUCCGGAUCCCGCCUCGCAAGACGCAUCCGUCGCUGCUGCGCCUCGUCGUCCGUCCACCACGAGUCCAGCACGGCCAGCGCUCUCGCAGACGCCCGAAGAGCCUCAGCAUGCACCAGGCGAGUCAGCUGAGCCCACUGCAUCGUCAGCUCCGUCGGCGGACAACGCUGCAUUUCUGGACGGCGGGUCACUGGAAAGUACCACGCACUUGGCAGCUGGACUUGGCAGCACGCUUCCGAGAACGCCGCCGCCUCGCCGCGAGCGUUCGCUGCCACCCGUGCCGAAGGCAGAGGUUCCGCCGCCGAUCAAACCUCAGGCGCAGCCCGUCGCGCAAGGGCCUUUCCAGUCCAAGCCGAUUCGCCUCAUCGACGGCGUCUGGAAGCGUCUUGUAGCCGGUCGCAAUGCCUCAAGCACGGACGAUGAGUGCGGCGAGAGCGCGGCGGGCCGCAAUGCCGCAUGGACACGCAACGUGCCACUGCCUCCGGUCGGCAGCCCGGGUGCACCACGCAGACUGAGCCUGCGCAGGUCGCCGUCGAAUGCAUCCACGCGGGCUGCAAAGCUUUCGCCUUUGCCAAUGCAGACGGCACCAUCUCUGCCCGCAGAGAGCAAGCCCCAGCCCGAGCAGCUCGACGUGCCGCCUCUGCCUAGUCCACGAGUGCAAGUCACCUCGGAGCCCGACGUCUCGGCCGACGCUCCGCCCGCGCUCAGUGGCGAGCAGCCAGCCGCAUCCGAGAUGGAAACGUCGCUGGCUCCUCGUCGUGAGCAAGUGCGUGCCAGCAUUUACGCCGUGCUGAGCGAGGCCGGCCUCGAGGAGCUGCUCGACGGACGCUGUGACCUCGACAGCGAUGCCGAGCUCCUCCUCAUCGACGACAACGUCGACCUGGCCAUGUCGGUCGACGACGACCAGCUGCGGCUGAUGGUCGAUGAUCGCUCGCCAAGCAGCAUGUCCGGAUCACCCGGCGGCGGAGCGGCGUGGACAGACCAGCUGGACCUCUUCGACGGCACCGACGAUCCGCGCCAGCUGCGCAACCAGGCGCUCAUGGACCUCGUCGAGCGUGCCAACGACGUGCUGCGCACCUCGGGGCGCGAAAGCGUGCGCCUGUCACUCAAGCCUCGCAGUCGAGCAGCCUCGUUCGCGCAGCACGGUCAGCGUCCUGGCAGCCAGUCUCAAGGCGUCAGGCCAAUGCUGCCGGCGUUGCGCGUGCCGCCCGCUGCCGGAUCGCCUUCUUCGCCAACAUCUGUCGACACGAGCGCGCGCUCUCCGGUCGCGGCAGAGGCUAAGGCACCACUGAUCUCUCCGUCGGCGCGUCCGCCAGCAUCGCCUUCGGCGCCACAGACCACAGGCGUGUCAUCGGUGAGCCCCACGAACGCGCCACUUUCGCCGUCGGAGCGGCCCGGCCCGCCGAAACGCUUCCCGUCGUCAAUGCGCGUGCCGUCGUGGAUGACACUGGCUGCCCAGACCGACGUCGACCGCGAUGAAGACGCUCGGUCUCGCGCCAACGACAGGCGCCGCAGCUCGAUGAUCGACACGUUCAGCCCGCUGAGCCAUCCCAGCUCGCCUGCGUCAAUCGUCUCGAGCCCCGCGGCCUCGCCGUCGGUCUGGGGCGGCGACGAAAACGCGCUCGAGCAGGCCAUCGAGCUGGCGCUGCAGCGAGCAGCGCAGAUCCGCGAGUUUGCGCACAUGUCCCAGGCGCAGCUCCGCGACAGUGUCCGGCACUCGCAGAACCCGCACGGCGCCGUCAAGGCGCUGCUCGAGCUCGACGCGGCCGAUCCGAGCUCCAUCAGCAAGGCGCUCGACAGCAUCGACUCAUCGGUCGCUUCCGUCGAGCACAAGAGCCGCGGCAAGCGCUCGUCGCGCCGAGAGUCGCGUCGCAAGACGAUCGGUCCGGCAGAGUGGCGAGCCGCGAUCAGCGGCCUCACCCAGACGUCUCAGGCGAUCAAGGCGAAGCUGUCUUCGCCACACCUCAGCCGCAGAGCUUCUGCCGCCGGGCUGCCUUCCGUGCCGGCCAUGCCGUCGCCGCGCAGCAUCGCGCGUCUCGCCGAGCCACCGCGCCUGCCGCCCUUCGCCUCGUCGCUGUCGACAGACUCGGCUGCAGAGGGCACAUCUUUCGACCUUCUCUCCGCCGACGUCGCCAACUCCGGGCACGAACCGAUCGACGGCCGGUCCCACGAGCAGAGCUCGCGCGAGGACUCGCUCACGGUCUCAUCUCGCACGGACGGCUCCACGCGCGACUCGCGUCUCGAGCAGCCGUUCUUCUUCCUGCUGUCCUCGGACGGCAGCGUGGACACGUCCGACGACUCGCUGUGGUCGCGUGGCGGGCCGAUGUCGCCGCCGGAGACGACUGACGAGAACCCCUUCUUCUCCCUCGCCAAGAAGGGCGGAGUCAUCGCGGACGCCUUCCCGCUGCCGCCUGCGCGCGACGACGAGAUCGACGGCUACACCACCGCCAACGGCUCGCCGGCAAGCCAGUGCACGCUUCGGCUGCCAAGCAUCGACGAGUCGCACCCACGCCCGCCGGCCCUCGCAUCGCCGCACGUCUGGACGCAGCACAUAGACGAGACAGCCGUCCACACGCCGGCGAAGGAGACGCCGCGCUUCGUGCGUCCCGAGAGGCGCCGCGCAGAGGCGGGCCUCAUCCGCUCGGUCGCGAUGCGCGCUGCGGGUGCUCGAGAGCCCUCGCCGUGA